GACUAAAAGUUCUGCAUCAAUUUUCGGCUUUUGGAGCGGGAGGGAAGGGCGAAAACACAUCUAUCACACAACAACUUUGAUUACAUAGUUUGUUGGACGCGCCCGCCCAAGCGCUAUCUCCAUGGAAUGAGCGGCAGUGGCGUCUGUUUCUUUUUCGACCCUCACUUGUUUUUUUAAAAAAAUCAUAUUUGAUGUCCGUCUAAGACGUCAUUAAAAUGUCUGAAAAUGUCCGCUGCUGUGAGCUGCAGGCAUUAAUGAGUGACAAUACUGUAUAAACUAGUAUUCUGAAGAAAAUAUUUUUUAAAAAAAUUAUUAACCUCGUGUGUAAGUCUGAAAUCGGGAACUUAACAACGGGAGAGGCAGGAAAAAAAGAGGCGAAAGUGAAAAAUGGGAGCAUUUUUGGAUAAACCAAAAACAGAGAAACAUAAUGCACAUGGUGCAGGAAAUGAUUUGCGCUAUGGCCUUAGCAGCAUGCAGGGUUGGAGAGUGGAGAUGGAAGAUGCUCACACAGCUAUUGUUGGCAUUCCUCAAGGCUUGGACACGUGGUCCUUCUUCGCAGUAUAUGAUGGCCAUGCAGGCUCUCGAGUGGCAAACUACUGUUCAAAGCACUUACUUGAACACAUCACAAGUAAUGAAGACUUCAGAGGCACAAAUGUGUCUGGUUAUCCCAUUGAACCUACCAUAGAACAUGUCAAGAGUGGUAUCAGAACUGGAUUUUUGAAAAUUGAUGAGUACAUGCGUAAUUUUUCAGAGCUGAGAAAUGGCAUGGACAGGAGUGGGUCGACAGCUGUAGCGGUGAUGAUCUCCCCGGAGCACACUUACUUUAUCAACUGUGGCGACUCGAGAGCUGUUCUAUACAGAAAUGCACAACUUUGCUUUUCAACACAGGAUCAUAAGCCUUGCAACCCAAGGGAGAAAGAACGAAUCCAGAAUGCAGGGGGCAGUGUAAUGAUACAACGAGUUAAUGGGUCACUAGCUGUGUCGAGAGCUUUGGGGGACUAUGAUUACAAGUGUGUCGAUGGGAAAGGGCCUACAGAGCAGCUGGUAUCACCAGAACCUGAAGUGUAUGAGAUUCUUAGAGCAGAAGAAGAUGAGUUUAUUAUACUGGCUUGUGAUGGCAUCUGGGAUGUGAUGUCGAAUGAGGAGCUCUGUGAGUUCGCUAGAUCUAGACUAGAGAUAACGGAUGACCUUGAAAAAGUCUGCAACUGGGUGGUGGACACCUGCUUACACAAGGGAAGUAGAGACAAUAUGAGCAUUGUACUGGUCUGCUUCCCUAAUGCUCCCAAGGUUUCAGAAGAGGCGGUGAGAAAAGAUGCUGAACUGGAUAAAUACCUGGAGUCUCGUGUUGAAGAAAUCAUGUUGAAACCCAGUGAAGAAGGGAUGCCUGAUUUGGUUCAUGUGAUGCGUACCCUCUCUAUGGAGAACAUCCCUAAUCUUCCCCCAGGAGGAGGCCUUGCAAGCAAGCGCAGUGUGAUUGAAGCUGUUUAUAAUAGACUGAAUCCACACAGGGAUGAUGAUGGGGGUUCCGCAGAUCUUGAAGACCCCUGGUAGUUAAAUAGGCUAGAAUCGCUAAGAAUUUCCUGGUUUGAAAUAUGGAAGAAACCUUCGUUCACACACCUUUUAUUUACUACAAGGGAAAUUAAAAAUCCAAAGGAUCUUCUUUUAAAGUCAUUUUGUCAGAAGGGCAGGAGGAACUUAAUUGUUAGAAUUAUACACCAUUUGUUCAUUUUUUUUUGCAUAUUCUAAUAUUGCCACUCUUGCGCAUCUUCCUGUAAAACAGUAUUUUGUUGAUUGCCUCAGACUUACUGAUUGCAUCUGUACCCAACUUGUUGCCUAAAGGAAUGGUGAUGCUGUAGCAGAUGUAAUAAAAGUAUCUGAGGUGCAUGGAUUUCUAGUUUCAUUUGGAAGAUGCACUGAGUACUGUUAAUUUAAAUCUAACUCGCCGGACAUGAGCAUGUACAAAUUGCUGUAUAAGGCAUUACUUGAUUGCAAGGUUCAAGGUUGAGAGCUUCUGCACCUAUCUCAGGCCCAGAGGGAACAUGCAGUAAGCAGAAUGCUGUAGAAAUUUAUUUCGUGUAAUUCUUCACUUCAAUUUCUGCUGUACUACCAAAUACUCAGUUUUCUCAGCUGUCCGAUAUGCAGUAUAUGUUGUCUACUGCUUGCUUGAAGAUAACAUUGCAUUUGGCAAUAAAUGGAGCAAAUGUAUGGUAAAGUUCCCUUAUGAUUUUAAAGCAUGUGUAGAUUAUAAGCUCUUGCUAAGCAGAACCUUUGGACAAAACUGAAUAGAUUAAUUUAUGCUUCUAUGUCAAUUGUCAUUUGCUUCAGACAUCCCACUCAUUAUUGCAGAAGUUGAAAAUAUCGCUAUAAAAUUUGCCUUUCUCACACAAUAUUGUAAAUUGUGAUUUUGUUCUACAUGUGGUUUUCUAUUAGUAUCAUUGAUUUGCAGCAGAAAUAAAGACACAGCCUUGUGUAAACUGGGGUAUAGUUUUGCAAAAGAGAAUUGUUUGCAUUAACAAUUAUAAAACUAGAGAUCACAUAGAUUUAUAAAUGCAAUUUAAAAUAUUCUAUUGUGAAUUUAAGCUUUACAAAAUACGUUUCUUAAUUUUGUUCAGUGAUUUUUCUUUUCAUUCAUUGUGGAAUGGGCAUGGUACAGAGUGGCUGUCUUUUAAGGUACUUGAAGAUUCUUGGUUUGAUUUAUAUUUCUGCAAUAACACAAUUUUACUGAGUAAGUUUGAGCUGUGCAUGUACUAAAGUUCGGUUUAAGCUAAUGGUUGAGGGGAAGGGGAUUUGAGCAGCAUUUGAGGGCAGAGAGAGCAAUGAAUGUAUCCACUUGUACACAAAACACAUGCUAUGGAUGCCUUGUAAGAUUUAAAUGAUUCAGCUAGUCAGUUGAUGGUGUACUGUUGAGAAAUGCCCUUAAUUGUGAUUGAAACAUACUAAUGAGUGUUGCUGAUUGGAUUUGUAUACAAUGGAAUUCAUUUGUAUUUCUCUAACUUUGUUUUUUUUUCCCCCCUCAUUAAGUCCUUAUGCUGGAAAGCUGCCUGUUACCAUACACCCUUUGAACACUGGUGCCUACAACCAGCUGCCCCAAUUGUUUAGUUCAUUGUGUAGGUAUGAUUCUUGGCCUAGAGAGUAUGAUUAUUGCCCGUGUUUUUAUUUAUUCACUAGAUUUUAGCUACAACAAUAAAAAUGUCCUGAAGAAGAUGAUGUUAACAGGUGUUUUGACCCUUUGUUGAGAUUAUGGGGUUGUUUGAGGAUGGGAUGAAGAGUGUCCAAGUGGUUUCUUACUGUCCACGGACUGUUGACUCUGGUCCUUCCCUGUACUGACUAUAGUAUAUUCCCUGUAUGAUAUUUGUGAUGUUUCAUACAAUACAGUGAUCAUAACCACCUUGUUAUCUUCAAUAAAGGAUUGCUAAAUGCAUUA